CCGGCUGAGGGCGGGUCUGGGUUUGCAGUUCCCAGCAGGCACCGCGCUGUUUGGUGAGACACCGGUAGGAGAGGAAGGGCUGAGCACAGUGAAGCUGAAGAGCUGACAGUCGACUGUUCGUUGCUGAAGAGCCCCCGGGAGAAGCUUGUAGUCGGUUACCGAGCAGAGCUCCGCGUGAUAAUCUAGUGUUACCCACACACAGGCUCCUCCUCUUAUCUCAGGCCCUACCUCCGGCUACCUGGCAAGUCCGGGCACAUCCCGCUCUUCAGCAACCGUCCGUCGUGCUCACCCCGUGUCAGCCGCACUGGCCUCUCCGUCCAGCACCUGCCCGAGCCUGAAUGAGAAGAUGGAGCAAGUGGGGAUCAUAGCACCGGGAGCCCGGCCGAGCCCAUGGGGUUUACCUGCAGAACCUGCGACCCAGUGCUCACUGGCAGAUGUCAUGAGUGAGGAGCUUGCCAGAGAGCUGCAGCUGGAAGAACAGAGCCACGUGUCCCCACCAGAAAUAAUCUGUGAUGACGGGGCUUUCAUAACUGCCGAGAACGUUGAUACCUCCAGUGAUGAAGUAUUGGCUCAGAUGCUGCAGAUGCAGUUUGACAAGGAAUACGACGCCCAACUGAGCAGAGAGGAGAAGAAAUUUAACGGUGACAGUAAAGUUUCAAUCUCUUUUGAAAACUACCGAAAGGUGCACCCUUGUGAAGACAGUGAGAGUUCAGAAGACGAAGUGGAUUGGCAGGACACCCGCCAUGACCCCUACAAAGCUGAUAAGCCCACCACCACACCAAAGAAAGGGUUCAUAGGAAAAGGCAAGGACAUAACAACAAAACAUGAUGAAGUGGUUUGUGGGAGGAAGAACACUGCUCGCAUGGAAAAUUUUACUCCAGAGUUUCAGGUCGGAGAUGGAAUUGGAAUGGACUUAAAACUGUCCAACCAAGUUUUUAAUGUGUUGAAGCAGCACUCGAUUUCUGAACAGCGUAAGAGUGCCAGACUGCAUGACAAGAAGGAAGUCUCCACUGCUGAGAAAGUAGUGGACCCAAAGACCAGACUGCUCUUAUAUAAGAUGGUGAAUGCUGGGGUUCUGGAUACCAUCAACGGCUGUGUGAGCACUGGGAAAGAGUCUGUUGUUUUUCAUGCAAAUGGGGGAAGUAUGGAAGAUCAUGAAGUGCCUUCUGAAUGUGCCCUCAAGGUAUUCAAGACCACCCUAAAUGAGUUCAAGAAUCGGGAUAAAUACAUCAAGGAUGACUAUAGAUUCAAGGAUCGCUUCAGCAAGCUCAAUCCACGUAAAAUUAUUCGCAUGUGGGCAGAAAAGGAAAAGCAUAACCUGAAGAGAAUGGAAAAGGCUGGUAUUCCUUGUCCAGCAGUUGUCAUGUUAAAGAAGCAUAUUCUGGUCAUGUCCUUCAUUGGGAAGGACCAGAUACCCGCUCCCACACUAAAAGAAGCCAAACUGAGCCUGGAGGACUCCAAAGCUGCCUAUUACCAGGUUCUCACUAUGAUGAAGCAACUCUAUGACAAGUGCAACCUUGUACACGCCGAUCUGAGCGAAUAUAACAUGUUGUGGCAUGAUGGGAAGGUGUGGCUGAUUGAUGUGAGUCAGUCCGUGGAGCCCACUCACCCCCAUGGGCUGGAGUUUCUGUACAGAGACUGUAGGAAUGUUUCCCAGUUCUUCCAGAAAUGUGGUGUUUCGGAGACACCCAGUGAACGUGAUCUUUUUAAUAUGGUGUCUGGGCUAGAUAUUGCAUCCGACAAUCAAGCAGACUUUAUGGCAGAGAUUGAAGCCCUGGAGAAGGCAAAUGAAGACCAUGUCCAGAAUCAUGGAAAGAAGAUUUCAAUGUUCCAGCAGGAUGAUGACGGCCCUCCGCCAAUCUUUGAUGAAUAACCCCCGGUGCUACAUUUGCAUUACAUAAAAGCACAAAAAAAAUAUGUUGACGAAAACUAGCCUGCUGUGUUCCUACAGCAUUAAUGCAGCGGUUAACGUCCCUGCCUAAUGCCGGUUGGAAUAGCUGAACCAGAUCAGCGUGCACCCUAGAGAACACAACUCUCAUUAUGUUCUUGAACAUAGUGAGACUGAGAUGGCGCCAGCAGCAGAGCGCUGUGUGCGCGUUUCUAUGCUUGGCUCCUCUACUUGAUAUUAUGGUGCUGUUUCAUCUUGAAGUAAAGGGAUGAGUAGCGUGCUGUGCAUUUAGGGUGGCUCGCGUACCAGUCUCUUAACUCUUCAUUGACAGCAGAUCUCAAGCUCGGCUGACUUUCAGUGAAGCAGUCUUUUAGCCGUGCUCAGAUAUGGACUAGGUGUAACAUGAAAUAUUAAAGCAUUUAGCUAUGUUAACUGCAUUGAUUAUGAAAUGAAACGUGCGCUGAGGUGCAGGUAGCAUUCUCAUUCUUACAUUGUGCUUAAUGACCCUUUCAUGUAGCAUUCAGUCACUGUGUGGUGUUAUUUGUGGAUGAGGCCUGUAAGAAUAUGAUGAAUAAAAACCUUAUAGUCCGAU